UUUCGAAAUCCGCUCUUUGCGGUUUGUUUUGCAGAGGCUGUCCACAUUAGAUGCUCAAAGGCAGUCGGUCUUGUGUAACUCUGCUGAUGUCUGCUCCUCUUAGGGCUGAAGGGCGGAGAUGGUCCCUCGCCUCGCUCCCGUCGUCCGGCUACGGCACCAAUCCUCCCAGCUCCACCGUGUCUUCGUCGUCUUCGUCCCAGGAACGGCUCCACCAGCUGCCCUACCAGCCCACGCAGGACGAGCUCCACUUCCUGUUCAAGCACUUCCGCAGCUCUGAGAGCGUAAACGAUGACGACGGGCGGCCCUCCCCCUUCAUGCGGUCGCGGUCCCGCAGCCUCAGGUACAAACCAACCAAUCCACUAGCUAGUCCCCGCACCAACAUCGUAUACAUACCAAUCAACCACCUAGUCAGGCUACUUUAUAGAUCCAACCAGUCAGCUAAUAAGAGUACUUUAUUGAUCCCGCAGAUAAUUGUUACACAGAAGACUGCCCUGGUUAAAGUAGUUAAUGACCUGCUGUUAGCUGCUGACACGGGCCAUGUCAGCAUUCUCAUCCUCCUCGACCUCACAGCUGCCUUUGAUACUGUUUGCCGCAACUUCUAUGCAGAUGACAAUCAGAUUUACUUUCACACCAAGCCUGCCCAUAAUAAUCAUUAUCCUACCUGGUCGCUCUAUCUCUCCUCGGGCACGGAGGCUGGCCUGCCUCAGCUCGCUGUGAACCUUACUAGGCCCCUCGCCAAAGAAGGGAUACUCGCAGACAUGGUGCAGCUUGAGCAGUAUGAAUUCACGCCCUCCAUGUCUCUGGAUCUGGAUGCUAGUAUGGAGAACAAGUUUCCUCAGACUCUCACUCCAACACGACGGAAACCUCUGGAAAGUGACUUUGAAACCAUCAAGUUGAUAAGCAACGGGGCUUAUGGGGCCGUGUACCUGGUCCGGCACAAGGAGACCAGGCAGCGCUUUGCAAUGAAGAAGAUCAACCGGCAGAACCUGGUGCUGAGGAACCAGAUCCAGCAGGCCUUUGUGGAGCGAGACAUCCUGACCUUUGCCGAGAACCCCUUUGUGGUGUCCAUGUUCUGCUCCUUUGAGACCAGGAGACACCUCUGUAUGGUCAUGGAGUAUGUGGAAGGUGGGGACUGUGCUAACCUUCUGAAGAACAUGGGUCCUCUACCCGUGGAAAUGACCCGCAUGUACUUUGCCGAGACGGUGUUGGCCUUGGAGUACCUCCACAACUAUGGCAUCGUACACCGGGACCUCAAACCCGACAAUCUGUUAAUCACGUCCAUGGGCCACAUCAAGCUGACAGACUUUGGCCUGUCUAAGAUCGGCCUGAUGAACCUGACCACCAACCUGUAUGAGGGACACAUGGAGAAGGACACCAGGGAGUUCAUAGACAAACAGGUGUGCGGUACGCCGGAGUACAUCGCCCCAGAGGUGAUACUGCGGCAAGGCUACGGGAAGCCGGUAGACUGGUGGUCCAUGGGGGUCAUCCUCUACGAGUUCCUCGUUGGGUGCGUUCCUUUCUUCGGUGACACCCCUGAAGAGCUCUUUGGACAAGUGGUCAGCGAUGACAUCAUCUGGCCGGGAGAGGAGGAUGCCCUGCCUCCCGAGGCCCAGGACAUGAUCACCCGCCUCCUGAAGCAGAGUCCUCUGGAGCGAUUGGGCACAGGUGGUGCCCUGGAGGUGAAGCAGCACCCAUUCUUCAAGGACCUGGACUGGAAUGGCCUGCUGAGGCAGAAAGCAGAGUUUGUUCCCCAGCUGGAGGCUGAGGAUGACACCAGCUACUUCGACACCCGCUCAGAGCGAUACCACCACCUGGAUUCUGACGAGGAUGAGGAAACCAAUGAUGAGUCUUCCCUGGAGAUCCGCCAGUUCUCCUCCUGGUCCCAUCGCUUCAGCAAGGUGUACAGCAGCACAGAGCACCUGUCCACACCCUCCAACCUGAGCUUCUCUUCGGACCGCAGCCACAGCGAGGACAAGGAGGACCGCUGGGACUGCGGCCGCCUCACCCCAUCCCCUGGCCUCGGGGACCAAUACAGGCAGAGUAGUGUGGAGCUCAGACACCCAGAACACACCACAUGCCUGAGAGCGCGAGCUUCCUCCAGCUCUUCCCAGUCGGAGCAUAGCGCCAGCCCCCUGGUGAUGAGCAGCACCCACAGCCUGGAGACCAUGCCUCGCUUCGCCUUCUCCACCGAUGAUGAAGCCGAGGUGGUGGUGUCGAACCUGCGGAGAAUCCGUAUCCGCAGCAACAGCACCGGGGCAAAACACUCAUCUCCCAAGGAGCCCGCGGGGCCCCGGCACUUCGGGAACCAGCUGGAGACUCCGGACCGCCAGCGGCUGCCCUGCGGGGGCAAGGUCCCGAAGUCAGCCUCUGUGUCCGCCCUUUCCCUCAUCCUCACCUCGGGUGAUUCCCUGGGCGGCCUGCAGGCCAGUCCCAUCUCCUCCCGCUCGCUGUCCUCAAACCCCUCAUCCAGAGAGACCUCCCCCAGCAGGGACCUCUCCCUGGGACUCAGCAGCCUGCGGCCCCCCAUCGUCAUCCACACCUCCGGGAAGAAGUACGGCUUCACCCUGCAGGCCAUCCGCGUCUACAUGGGGGACAGCGACGUCUACACCGUGCACCACAUGGUCUCGAGCGUGGAGGAGGGAAGCCCCGCUCAUGAGGCAGGCCUCCGGGCUGGUGACCUCAUCACCCACGUGAACGGAGAGUCAGUCCAGGGCCUGGUCCACACUGAGAUGAUAGAGCUGCUGCUGAAGAGUGGCAACAAGAUGGCGUUGCAGACCACAGCGCUUGAGAACACGUCCAUCAAGGUGGGCCCGGCACGAAAGACCAAGCACAGGGGCAAGAUGGCCCGGCGCAGCAAGCGCAGCAAGAGGAGGGACAACCACGACAAGCGUCGCACCAUCCUGAGGAAGCUCUCCAAGCAGAGCACCGUGAUGCACAGCAGCCGCAGCUUCUCCUCCGGCCUACACCACUCCGUGUCCUCCAGCGAGAGUCUGCCUGGCUCUCCCACCCACAGCCUCUCCCCCGGCCCGGCCACACCCUGCCGAAGCCCCGCCUCUCCCUGCCGGAGCCCCGCCCCUGACCACCAGGUCACAGACUCCAACCCCCCACAGAGCAUGUCUCCCUGCCCCAACUCCCCCAGCUCCUCCUCCACCCACAUCCGGCCCAGCUCCUUGCACGGCCUGGGCUCCAAGCUAAGCACCCAGCGCUACACCAAGGUGGGCCGCCGCAAGUCCACCAGCAGCAUCCCACCUUCACCACUCGCGUGCACCUCCUCCUCCCCCGCCUCCUCCUGCUGCCCCCAGCCCCUCUCCCCUCAGCGCUCACCCUCCCCACUUCCGUGCCUGGCAAAGACCCUGCAGGCAUACCACGGCACAAACCUUUCGCCGCCCACCAUCGUGCGGCACAUGGUGCGCCCACGCUGCACCGAUCACCCCCGCUCGCCGCUCCUCAAGCGGGUGCAGUCGGCCGAGAAGCUGUCGGGUGGCUACCACUGUGACAAGAAGCAGUUUGCGCCGCGGCGGCACACGCUUGAGGUGCCGCUCUACGGCGAGGUGGACCUGCUGGGCGACGCGGAGGCCGACGGGGGGUUAAGCGGCGGGCUCCGCUCCAUGGGUGACCACGGGCGCCUUGGUGGAGGGUACCUGGGCGGCGUGCAACGCUCAGAGAGGCUGGUAGUGAUGAGGAAGCUCAACCUGUCGGAGCGUCGCGACUCCUUCAAGAAACAGGAGGCAGUGCAGGAGGUGAGCUUUGACGAGCCCGACGAGAAGAGCAGCCCCCGGGUCAUGGUGACCGGCCCCUCUUCCUCCUCCACUCCCCUACUCCUCAAACCAUCCUCAGACCCCCAUACCCAGCCGAGGCCUGCCCGGGGCACCUACCAGCUUCAAUCCAGAGAAGAGGUGGAGCAGGAGGCGCCUCCACUUUUGAGGCGGUUCACCAUGGUUCCCCAGAUCGCUGUGCAGGGUUCAACAGAGAGCGAGGACCAGGAAGAGUGGGAGCCCUGCUCCGACGGAGAGGAGGAGGAACAACAGCAGCAGCAGGUAGUGGUGGCUAAUUCCCUCUUAUUACCACAGCGACCGGAAGCGACUCCCAGUCCGGGUAUUACCACUCACUUUCGAAUGGAAACCUCCACCCUCCUGCUGAAAGACCAGAAGACCCCCAGCCCAUUGCUGAGGGACCUCGGGACCCCAAGCCCACUACUGAGAGACCAGGUGACCCCCAGCCCCCUGCUGAGCGACCAGGUGACCCCCAACCCCCUGCUGAGAGACCAGGUGACCCCCAGCCCCCUGCUGAGAGACAAGCCGACCCCCAGUUCCCUGUGGAGAGACCAGCUGACCCCCAGUUCCCUGCUGAGAGACCAGGCGACCCCCAGUUCCCUGCUGAGAGACCACGAGACUCCCAGUUCCCUGCCGAGAGACCAGCCAACCCCAAGCCCCCUGCUAAAUGACCUUUGGAUCCCCAGUUCCCAACUGAGGCCCCCUGACUCCGACAGCCCUGCUGAGAGACGAGCAGAUCCAAAGCCCUCUGCUGAGAGGUCAGCCGACCCCCACCGCCCUACUGAGAGGCCAGCCGACCCCCACCGUCCUGCUAAGAGACCAGGGGACCACCGGCCCCAAGCUGAGAGACCAGGAGACCCCCAGUCCCCUGCUGAGAGACCUGGGGACCCCCAGACCUUAGAGGCUGAACACCCAGCCUGGGAAGGCCCCCAGGACGAGCCGCUAGCAGCGCAAUGCUGUUUACAUUCAGAUCUUCCUUAG